AUGAAGGAACGUAAAAGGGACAGAUUAGAUCAUCUAGCAAGAUUGAAAGAGAACAACGCCAACACCAAAUAUUUCCGCUCCCAUACCAGUUCCGGAAAGGCUCAUGAUGGACGUAUUCAUCAUCCAAAAUACAGUCCUGCCAAGGAAUCCGAAAGUACACUUUCCAAGGAAGCCGAAAUGAGUGAGCGGUCAGCGCGCAUGCGCCAUAUUUGUUCGCAGUACCCCAAGAGACGUCAGCUGCUAGCCGUUUUAAAAAGCAAAGUAUUUUAUAUAUCUGAAAAAUAUAAAUUAAGUUAUUGUCGCGUUGCGAAGGUCGGUAGCACAUUUUGGACGCAGGUGUUCAUGACACUGGCGGGCAUCAAACCUAAGGACGGAAAGUCGCUUUUUGAUAUUCCGAGGGAUGAAUCUCACGAGACAAUGAAAGAACACGAGGAAUUGACAUUAAACAUACACGAUAAGCGAAUUAAAGAAACUACUAGCUUUAUGGUUGCACGAAACCCAUAUUCCAGAUUAUUUUCGUCUUAUAUUGAUCAAAUAUUCUUGCCAAAUAAAUGGUACGCUGCAACAUUCAUGAUAUCCGGAGCUAAAAACCCGGAACGUAAAAAAUGCGGAAGUGAUGUCACAUUUGACGAAUUUUUGCGCGCAGUUUCUGGAUUUACGAUCAGGCACAUGUCAAAUGACCCUCAUUGGGCACCAAUAUUUUCUAUAUGUCUACCUUGUGAGACAAACAUAGACAUUUUAGCCAAGCAAGAAACAUUUAAUGAAGAUGCAGAAUAUAUUUUAAACGUAGCAGGUGUUGAGCAGACGACAAGACACGAGGUCAAACGUGUUUUAAAAAACAAUUAUAUUGAGCAUUCACUAUCGACUCUGGUACAUACAUACGUAACAAAAGCUCACGAUCGAAAAAUGAUAAGGAAGGGGUGCAUAUCUGAAUCAAAAAUUGCAGAACGUAUUUGGAACGCUUUUCAGAUACAAGGGUAUAUUCAUAAUGAUAUUCAAUUUCCGGAAGAAAAUUUUAAAAGUUCGUCUGCUUCAGAAACUGAACAAACUUUGACGAAAUUAGUUUUAGAAGCAGCCGAGAAGCGACUUCUGACGUCAGAGGAAAGAAAUAAACAGAGACAUAACUGGCAGGUACAUUUCUGGAAGAAAGUCGCACCCGCAACUUUACAAAAAGUUCAAGAUGCCUAUUAUGAGGACUUCCACGUGUUUCAGUACGAUCUUGACCCAAAUACAAUGUGA